AUGAGUGACGAAGAACAUGCCUCUUGGAGAGAGCAAAUUCAGGAAGUGUUGGAAGAUGAGAGUGAUUCAAGUGACCCAGAUUUUGAGAGCCUUGUUGAAGAUGAAAGUGAAUCUAGUGAAAGUGAAUCCGAUGCUGAAGGCGAUGAAGAGUUGAUGGAAAGGUUUGAGUUAGAAAUUGAAGACUAUGUGGCACAGUUUAGGGACGAGCUUCCGAUGAGACACAAUGAAUAUCCAGGUAGUGACAGCGAUUCUGAAGAUGUUGAAGUGGUUCCUGCAAAUAGAAGACAUCAAAUUAGACGAAGAGGAGAUGGGAAUUUACAUUAUCAACAAGUAUUUUAUAGUGGUGUUGCGUUUAAAGAAGCGGUGUUGGACUAUGCUCUGAAAUCAGGCCGCAACAUAAGACAAUAUAGGUGGGAUCAAAUGAGACUUGGAUACAAAUGUGCUAUGGCUGGUUGUAAUUGGAGAAUAUAUUGCUCACUAAGUCGAAAAAGAAACAGGUGGGAGGUUACAGUUUAUAAAAAUCAGCAUGCUUGCUCUCGAAAUGGUGAAUGUUUGAUGUUGACUGAUCCAGUGAUUGCACGAUUAUUUUUGGACAAGAUACGACAAGAUCCAGAGUUAAUGAUGCCUAUGAAGAUUCAGGAGAUGAUUAAAGAUCAGUGGAAGAUCACUGCUACAAGGAAUCAAUGUCAAGAAGCUAGAAAAAAAGCACUACGGUGGAUUAAGAAAGAACAUGAAGAUCAAUUUGCACAUAUCAGAGGCUACUGCAAAGAGAUCGUUACUUCAAACCCGGAAUCUACUGUGGAAGUUGAAACUGUUUUGGGGCCAGAUGGUAUAGAUCUAUUCGAUCGAUUUUAUGUGUGUUUCAAUAUCCUUAAAAGACAAUGGAAAGCAACAUGUCGUCCCAUUAUAGGAGUAGAUGGUACUUUUCUUAGAGGUGUGAUGAAAGGUCAACUAUUAGUUGCUAUUGGUCGAGAUGCAUGUAACAAAAUUUAUCCAAUAGCUUGGGCUGUUGUACAAGUAGAGAAUGAGAAGAAUUGGUUGUGGUUUGUCAACUUGCUCAAGACUGAUUUAGAUCUUAAAAAUGGCGAUGGGUGUAUCUUAGUCUCAGAUCGGCAAAAGGGAUUAAUCAAGGCAGUUGCAAAAGAAUUACCAAAUAUUGAGCAUAGAAAAUGUGUUCAACAUAUUUAUGGUAACUUAAAAGCAGGACAUGGAAAAAAGAUGGAGAUGAAACCAUUGAUUUGGAAUUUGGCAUGGAGCUAUAAUGAAGAGCAAUUUGAAAAAAAUCUGGAAAGGGUUAAAGACUAUGAUUUGGGUGUCUACGGUGAUGUGAUGAAAUCAAACCCAAAGAGUUGGUGUCGUGCUUUCUACAAGAAUGAAGGAAAUUGUUGUGAGGACGUAGAAAACAACUCUUCUGAAUCAUAUAACAAUACCAUUGUUAAAGCAAGAGAAAAACCAAUGAUGCCAAUGUUGGAGACAAUUAGAAGACUAACAAUGGUGCGAAAUUCUACAAGAUAUACCAUUGCAAAUGCUCACUCAAGUAAAUUCACACCAUAUGUCCAGAAGUUUCUUGAUGAAGAACAUGAGGAUGCUGCAAAGGCUUUUGUAUUUUCCUGCACUACUUGGGUCUAUGAGGUUGAAAUUGAUGGUCACUCAGAGAGGGUAGACAUGAGAAGCAGGAUAUGCACUUGUUGUAAGUGGGAUAUUUGUGGGAUCCCUUGUCAGCAUGCUUAUGGAGUUAUACUGAAGAAAAAACUGAAUUCAGAUGAUUACGUUUCUGACUGGUUUCUAACAUCCCGCUGGAGAGAGUUAUACGCUGACAACAUGAAACCACUAAGAGGUUCAAGUCACUGGGCACGAGGUGAUAUCUCACUGGUGAGUGAACCUCCUGAACCGCAUUAA